AGCAACACGUUCGAAUGCAUCUUUCCGGUUGUGGUAUGUGUGGCUGAAGUGUGGUGACGAAUUCACAAACCGCUGGGUGUGUAGUGUGCUGAUCGGGGUAUCUAUGAAUUGUUGUGUUUGCAAUGUGGCUUUUGUUACGGUCAGGGAAGAAAAGGGUUUAAGUGUGCACUUUUGAAAUAUUCAAACUUCAGUCUGAUAUUUAAGUUUUGUAUGGAAGCGUUUGCGCCAGUGCCAGUUAACAGAUCACGAGGGUCAAAGGACAUCAAGAUAGAAAGAACUACAUUUAAGUAAAGCUAAAGGUGACGGUAACGAAGUUCAGUCACCUGGCUGAAAUGGGGAUCGCAUCGCCUACUAUGUGCGCCCUGAAGUUAAAAUCGUGUUUUUGGGUGGUAUUCAAUGCGUCCCACGAGGGAAAGAAAUGUCGCGCAACGCAUAACGACGGCAAGUAAACCGGAGCGCAUGAAGAAAACAAUCUUGGCGGCUUCUUCCUCUCGAGCGUUUUAUAAAUAACGCCACGCUCAGUGCUGCUUCCUAGCCCAUCUUUGCCGUGUGUUCUUUUGAGGAAAAAGUGCUGCUUUACACUGGCGUGCGCACGUUAAGCUGAGCACAGGCAUUAACCACGCAGCUGGCAGGCAGAGCCUGUCGCUGGUUUAGAUCCGCCCUUCCGCCUUACCCGGGUGGACACGCACACGUGACACUGUGUGUAUGCGUGUGUUGGGUACUUUAUUUUGUGUGUUUUCGCUCUCCCUCACUUCCUCGUACCCGUUCGAACGAUUCAAACUGAAACUGGUGAACGCGCGUUACUGUUUCGGUUGCGCUAAAUUUAUAAAGUGUCACGACGUGCGUUCGUUCCAUACACGGUACGAUCGUGAAAUUUCAGCCCGAGGUGCCUGCUAGGGACGGGGUGCGGUAGGAUGCGAGCUGAUCAAAUCGAAUGGGGAAAAGGGAAAGUGGCAGCAAGACGUGAUGUGGCAAGUCAUGCAAUUUACGUUCGAGAAAGAACACAUCACGGUGCGAUGACGGCGAUGACACUAGGAAGUAGAUUUAGGAAAGGAAUCCCGAAGACGUAGAAUUUCUUGCGCAAACGAUACCAAACUGGGUGCGGGCGAAGAUUUGAUUUCGAACCGAAGACGAUCACGGCAAAACUAAGCCAUAUGAGCUGUACAAAUACGAACCAUGCUUUAAGGUUUACGAUGCAGUUCCGAGUGCUACAGGCAUAGCUAAAAAGUGAAAUUUACGGUGCAGUGUGAUCAAGCGAACGUAACAGUUACCCAUUAAUUGUGUGAAGCUCCAUUGAAGUUCUUUGUAAAAUUGUGCGAACAACAUCAAAAGGAAAGCGAAAGGUAGACAAAAGAGUGCGUGACAAAUUGUGCGACAGAGUUGUGAGUGACUGAUUGAAAAAAAUAUUAAAAAAAAGCAAAUUCUCGAUCAUACAUUUUCUGGGAUGGUGCAUGCGUGUUUAAUCAUCAGUUUUCCUGAAAAUAGUAUCAAUGCAAUAUUUCUUCGAAAACAAGUGAUUAAAAGUGGUGAAUAGUUCGGUUGGUCGUUUUGAAUUACGGUGCACCUGUACAAUUUUUAAUUGAUGUGAGCAUUUUUAAAAAUAUAAAACAAAAUGACGAGCUUACGAAUGCUCAUAGUGCUUCUAGUUGCGGCCCUCUCGGUAAGACGCGGGUUCUCGCAAGUCGAAACAAUACUUGACAGCAGCGAGUACGAUGAUUUGGGCCUACCUACCGCAACAGAGCGUAAGCCCCAGAUUGCUGGUUUCCUCUCAAAUGAUGGUACCGACCUCUACCCAUCGAUAUCGAUGUCUAACGAUGGUCCAUCGGUAGCGUACCAGCAACGUCCGUCGAUCUCAAACUAUGGAAACAAUCCUUUCAUAGCCCGUGCGGAACAGUACCGAAAAGCUCACAACGUAGGCUUACGGCCUCAACCCAUUACCUCACAUCAGCAGCAUCAGCAGCAGCAACAGCAACAGCAAGGAUAUGAUCCACGGGACGGUACACCGUACACAAGGGAUAUUGCCGUCAAACAAGGUAUAUUGCGUGGUUUCGUGCGCGUAAUGCAUCCACAGUCGGGGUUGAAAAAUGUCGACCAAUUUCUCGGCAUUCCGUACGCUGAGGCACCGGUCGGUUCGAGACGCUUUAUGCCACCGAGCGCCCCGAUCCCAUGGAAUGGAUUAAAGAUGGCAACGAAACUGUCACCGGUCUGUCCACAGAAUCUGCCCAGCCUGAACAAUGCGAACAAUAACUAUUCGAAGGGACGGUACGAUCAGAUCAAACGGUUGCUUCCCUACCUAAAGGUGGAAAGUGAAGAUUGUCUCUAUCUCAACCUAUACGUACCAAGUUAUGAUGGUAUCGGACCACAGACUAAGUAUCCCGUCAUCGUGUACAUCCAUGGUGAAUCGUACGAGUGGAACAGCGGUAACCCAUAUGAUGGGUCCAUCCUGGCCAGCUACGGUCAGGUGAUAGUGGUAACGCUCAACUUCCGACUGGGCAUUCUUGGUUUCAUGAAACCCGGCAUCAGCGAUCAUACGACCAGCAACUUCGGGCUGCUAGACCAGAUAGCGGCCCUCCAGUGGAUCAAGGAAAACAUUGGUGCGUUCGGCGGGGACGCCAAGUUGGUGACGGUCAUGGGCCAGGGUACGGGUGCGGCCUGCGUCAACUUUCUGAUGGUUUCGCCGGUAGCGAAGGGAUUGUUUCAUCGCGCUAUCCUGAUGUCGGGAUCGGCCCUGUCCGACUGGGCACUGACGCAGCACCCGUUGCAGUCAACGAUGCAGGUUCUGCAGGGUUUGAACUGUCCGCUGAACGGGGAAAAUGACGAGGUGACGGCUUGUUUGCGCCGCAAGCGCUACAGCGAAAUACUCGGCGUUAAAACGGCAUCGCCUCAGUUUUCGACCCGGUUUGGGCCGAUCGUCGAUGGGCUGGUCAUACCCAAUAUGCCACACAAAGUCAUGGGCCAGUACAGUGACAUUUUUAGUGGAUACGAUCUGCUGUAUGGUAUGACCGAGCUGGAAUCCUAUCACAUCCUGAAUGCGGUCGCGCUCACGUACGGCCUGCUGGAAAACGAACGAGACAAUUUAUUGCGAUUUUACAUGCAAAAUCGCUUCGAAAUACGUCCCGAUCUGGCCCUCGCUGCUACACUGCGCGAGUACACCGACAUCUACACGGAUCCGAACAAGGCACUGGCCGACGAGCAUCGGGACAACUUGCUGGAGAUACUGUCCGAUGCGCGCGUCGCUGCCCCGAUGGUCCAGACCGGGCUGUAUCUGUCGAAGGUCAACCCCAAAUGCUACAUGUACGUGUUUGGUCACAAUAGCGAAGCGGGCGAGUACGGACGGCUAUCACAAAGUGUGGUCGGCGAGGAUCUGGCGUACGUGUUUGGUGCACCGCUCGGGCAGGUGGGCCCAUUCCAGCAUCAUUAUAAUGCACGCGAGCGACUGUUUUCCGAGGCGGUCAUGAAGUAUUUUAGCAACUUUGCCAAAACUGGCAACCCGAAAGCCCCUUGGAAGGAUCUAUUUUUGAAUCUCAACCCGGAAGAUUGGUCGUACUACGAUGUUGACUGGCCGGAAUACAACAGCAUCAACCAGAGCUAUCUGCACAUGGGCAUAACGCCGGUCGUGGGCCAUCGGUACCGGCAGAAGUACAUGAAGUUCUGGAACGAAGAGCUCCCGGAAGAGUUGAAGAAAAUUACCAGCUCGAAGGCGUACGCUCCGUACUCGGAUUUCUUCAGCCCGCCGGGUGCUGGCAAGGGCGCCGUUAAUGUGGGUAUGGGCCGGAUUCGAAGUGGCACUACACCGCAUCCCGAUUAUCCUACCGGUCACAUCAAUCUGUACCCGAUCCACGUGGACAUCGAGCGUCCGACGGAGGACCCGUUUAAGGAGCUGCUGUAUCAAAUGAAGGACCCCCUGGGUGGGCCCGGUAUGUACAAUGCUCCCGCCACGUCCUCUGCCGCUGCCAUUCCGGACAAGGGAGCAAGUCCGGCUCAGCUGGCAGCCGGUCUGGACCAUCCGAAGCACCAAAAGCAUCUGAAACAAACUCACCAGUCCGCGAAGGAUCCCUUCGGUGCGCCCGGUGAGACGGAACUGGACGGAAGCACGACGGAAAUCAUGAAAAGUGAAUCGACGUUAACUAUUCUGAUAGCGGUUGCCAUCGUGUUUCUGCUGUUUAACAUCGUCGCCAUUGUGGGGUAUCUCGUUCGACGCCAUCUUGGCAAGGGUGAUGGAGCGGGUGGUGGUGGUGGCGGCCGUAAGGCGAAACGAAAGUACGAUGAUACGAUGCUGGAGAGUGCGGCCGCGGUCGUGGUGUCUGGUGUGAGUCUUGGCGAAAAGGAGGACGGAUGCAAUCAGCUGCACGCACAUCACCAUCAUCAUCUGCAUCACGGUUCGUACCUGCUGGAUGAGGCAGCAACGAUGAUGCUAAGAAAAUCCAACUCGUACGAACCGGUAGCAAAGCAACCGUUCGGGGACGAUGUCCACGGGCCGGUUUCGAUCGGUGUCGAUGCGGUCGAUUCGCACACGAAAGUGUGCGAUUGGAUGGUCGCAUCGGCAGGGUGUAGAAUACCUCCGGUUGUACCACCGCACAAGAUCAGCGUUGCCAUUGAUGCUACCCCGCAGGCUCGUGGCAACAGUGUGCUACGGCAGGAACCGAUAGAGAUAACGAAAGCAAAAUCAUUUGACUAUGGAACGACUGACGAAGUGGACUGUGUUGUGAGAGGAUGCCCAGGGGAUGAGCCGGUUAGGGAAGCUGACUCGAGCGGAACUGGCAGCAGUUCUUCCGGGACUACGUCAUCCUGCUCUAGUUCCGCGGCCACUGAUGAGCUGAAACAUAUGAUUCCUGCUGGAGGAGGAAUUUAUUACAACUGUCCCGAUUAUACGCUGAGACGGUUCGGUGCGGCUGAAGGUGGUGAAGAAGAGGUAACAAGCUUCAUUGAGCCGGAGAUCCCGGCAGAUAUAAACGUAACGUCACGUGAUGAAAGUGCCGAAAAGGAUCCACUUUCGCCCGAAGAAGCGCUUCGAGUGAUACAGAGGAGGAAUUUCCCCAAAGUCUUACCGGAUCAUCCACGGUCCGGCGGGGUUGGAGGAACGACAGUCGGCACCUCCAUGAAACGACGUUCGCUGCCGCCCCAAUCGUUGUACGGUCCACUACCUCACGGUAGCCAUAGUUUGCGGCGAGAUGCGGCAGGCGGUGGUCGGUUAAUUCCCGCACCGCCACCACGCAUCUGUUCCACACUCGGGCGACCGGCAGCCGUACGGCAGGCGCGAACAAGCCACAACUUCAUCAGCUCACCUCCGAUAGUGGCGGAAGAGCCACCGGUAGAGGAGGAACCACCGAUCGCACUGAACACGCUGCACGUGGGUCCACUGUUACCUACACACCAGGAGAGCACCUACAUGACAAUGUCACGACAGAAUUCGGUAGGUUCGGAGUGUGAUCCAAACUCGCCCGAACAGGGCGCCGAUGACGUGGAGGAGCAACCACCGGUCGACAUUAUUUGUAUAGAGCAUAAGCCGGAAAACCACUACAGUUAUGUGCGGCCUGUUGGUUUAAUGCGAACACCAUCAUCCUUUAAAUGUUACGAUACACCUCGAACGGGUAGUGCGGAAACGCGUAGUGCGGGCGAUAGAGAAACGUUACCGUCUGCACAAAACGAUGGAGACGCCCAGUUACCCGUACGGGAUAAGUUUAGUUCCGAUUCUUCAGCUACCGACACGACAUCCGGAAGUACCGGCACGAUAAAGAAACUGUAAAUAGCAAAAUAAGACAAUGCGGGGCAUGACACUUUCACAGUGUUUCACUGCUUUCGUUUGACUAAUGGGAAGGAUAUUGAUUUGUGCGCUUUGUAGGAAGCGCUCUGUUUGCAACACUAGGGCAAACGGUUUUGUCAUGCACUUGAAGCAUGAAGUAUUUAUUCUUAGGAUCACGUUCACUUGCAAUAUCUUCCGGAUGGGCACACAAAACCGUCGUUGGGUUUCUUGUCGGGAACAAACAACCAAACCUUUACACAUGUAUUUGACCGUUCGCGCGAAUAAACGGCGCGGUUUAGUUAGCCCAAGUUCCAGGACAGGAUUUUCCAACCAUUCGAAACGACAGACAUACACACACACAUGAAGAUUCCAUAUAUUGAUUACAUUAAUCCGGUAAACUAACGCAGAAUGCGGCUGGCAUCGCACCGACGUUGAUCGAUUUGCUUUGCCAGCACCGUACCGUUGGUGUUUGACUAUUUAUUUACGUUUAUUUGUACAAAUAAAGUAACACGCAUAACAAACACACUGUUUUAGUUGGUAAGUAACGUUUAGGGACGGACCGCAGAUAGAUGCAGCACGUGGAAAUAAAAUAAUUUUCAUAGAAAUA